UAUAAUAAAAUAAACAAAAUACUACGUAUAUGAGUGAAUAUUAAUAAAUAAAGAUAUUUUAAACUUCAAUAAACCGAGAUUGAAGGGGAAACCAUAAAAACGUACACCCUCCUAUUUCCCCUCCAAACUUCAUCUCUAACCCUAAUCUAACUAUUACAUUACCACUUGGCAAGGAACUAAUCAAACUAAAUACAACAUUAUUAUUAUCAAAAUAUAAUUGAAAUAUUUUUAGAUCUUCCAAUUCCUAAUUCAAGACAUCAACAUUUUAGCACCAUUUGUAAGGAGCACAUUCCACUAAAGUAUCAACCACUCACUCGAUCAUAACAAACAUCUAUAAAUACACUCCUUUUCUAAGAAGCAAAUCAUCAACACUUGAGUUAUUCACAAGUAAAAAAGAAAGAAAACCUUUAUCUUCUCAAAAAGAAAACACAAGUUCAAUACAUAGAAAAUGGAUUCACAAAACAUUAACUACCAAGCUGGUCAGGCCAAGGCCCAAACCGAGGAGAAGGCUAGCAACCUGACAGACAAGGCUAGCUCCGCUGCCCAAUCAACCAAGGAAUCCAUUCAAGAGGCUGGAGCACAAAUGCAAGCUAAGGCACGAGACACAAUGGAUUCAGUGAAGGAAGCCACCGGAAUGAACAAAUGAAGUACCUAACUUUAUUUGAAGUCUUGGCUACUUUUUAUGAAUCUAGCUUUUUUAAUAAGUGGGGUGAAGCUAGAGCUUCUAGCCAUUUUUUUCUUCUAGUAUUAAUUAAGUUUUGGUGUUUUUAGGGUUUAUUUGAAUUUCAUCCUAAAAAGAGAUGAUUCAUAUAUAUAUCCUCUAGAUGUCCAAUGUAAUGUCGUUCUACUACUAGUUCUUCGAACUUCUUAUAUAAUAUGGAAGUGAAAUAUUAUUUGCCUCAAUUAUUUCGA